CCCGAGUCCGCCUCCAAUACUUGUUUCCUCCCUCCAUCUCGAGCUAUCCACCUCAUCCAGCCCCCCCUUUUGUGCUUGUAUCGUGGGCGCUAUUCACUCUUGACUUUUUUUUCCUCGUGAAAGUUGCUCCUCAAACCAUAUCGACUAUGGCCUCCAGAGCCGCAGCAGGCGCCCGUCCCGGGGCCAGGUUCGCUCAGUUCAAGCUUGUAUUGCUGGGAGAGUCCGCGGUCGGAAAGAGUUCGCUAGUACUGAGAUUCGUCAAGGAUCAAUUUGAUGAUUACCGCGAGUCGACCAUUGGCGCCGCCUUCCUCACACAAACCAUCUCCCUGGACGAAAGCACGACGGUUAAGUUCGAGAUAUGGGAUACAGCCGGCCAGGAGAGAUACAAGUCUCUGGCUCCCAUGUAUUACAGGAACGCCAACUGCGCGGUCGUUGUGUACGAUAUCACUCAGGCUUCAUCACUGGACAAGGCCAAGUCGUGGGUGAAGGAAUUGCAGCGUCAGGCAAAUGAGAACAUCGUCAUCGCCCUUGCAGGAAACAAGCUCGAUCUGGUGACGGAGAGCCCGGACAAGAGAGCCAUUCCUACGGCUGACGCCGAAGCCUAUGCACGUGAAGCUGGUCUUCUGUUCUUUGAGACAUCUGCAAAGACCUCCUCCAACGUUAAGGAACUAUUCACAGCAAUCGCGAAGAAGCUCCCUCUUGAUCAGGCGGGUCCUCGAAACUUGCGCACAACUCCCCGUCCUGGUGUUGACCUGCGGCCAGAAGCACCCGGUACCCAAGGUGCCGGUUCCUGCAACUGCUAGGCUUUUCAAGUGGCGUGUACUAACUGUUGUGUGUCGAUUCUUCGAUCUAAUCCCCCUUUUCUUCCUUUCCUCCUUUCGCAUGGUCUGUUGUUAGAUGCAGGAGACGUGUGUCUUCUAGCUUGAAUGUGAACCGGCACGCUGGGCAAACAGUGUGCAACCCGUCAGCGACUUCGAACAAGACUGUUUUAUGGCUUUCUAAUGGUGCCGUGAUUACCGCAACUUUGGCCGACCGGCGUCGUAUAGGUGUCUCUUGCUUCCCAGGGGAUUCGGUUAUCCCUACGGAUUUGAGCUUGAUGAUCCGUUCAAUCUUUAUCAGUCUUUCUCACUGGACUUGAUCUGACAAGACGAAGCUUUUCAAAUACCGUCAUUGGAUGUGGGGAGAGAGCUUUAUACUGUACUGGCACGGUUGGAUUUGACUGUCUAGACAUUAUGCGACAGGGAUGAACCUAUGAUUUCUUUGUUCCGCGUUGUUCUAUCUGUCUCUGCUUCCUCUUUUGCUGGCGUCUGUAUCCUUCUGAUGGGUUGAAUUCAUGUUACUUUCUUAUUUUUCUUUGUCGUUCUUCCUGAGACUCUCAGUAUGCUAUGCCUAUAUAAUACUCCACCUUCAGUCAUCGGAUCUGAACUAGCCAUCUAUUAAUUCCAGUGACAUACGCAUAGUAGGUGUUUGGAGCAAGGUGAAGUGAGUCUUGUAGAUGCAAAUAAUAGAUUAACAAC